AUGGCAACCACAAGUCCCUAUGGUGGCCUCAGCAAGCGGCCUAACUCGCCCGGCCCAGGCUCGCCCACGCUCAGCCACCGCGGGGGCGGCAACGCCAGGGGGCGGGGGGCAAAGGGCAACACGUGGACCGCGGCGCCCACCGCCUGGAGUCGACGAGGCCCGACCGGGGCGCCAUCCAACACCACGACUACCACCGGCAGCUCGACGAGUCCAUCAACUGCGGCGACCACCUACCCGGCCUACACGUACCCGAGUAGCGGGGCCGGCCUGAACUCGACCCCGUCCAAGAUUAGCUCCCUCACGGCCAAGUUCGAGUCGUCGACCUCUACGCGGCCCACUUCCCCAUCUCCCACUCCCUCUCACUCCUCUCCCUCUCCAUCUUUGCCAUCUUCAAAGACGCCAACGCCAACGACAACGACGAACCCCGUGACGUCGUACCGCGCAGGCGGUGGACCCACGUCGGUGCGAAGUCAGCUCAUUAACAGCGGCGGCGGAGGCGGCGGUGGCGCGAGCCGAGCAGCCGGGAAGCCGUCGGGGUGGAAGAACCUGCCGCCGCCUCCCGCCGCUCCCACCGCUGACGAGGUCGUCGACGCCGUGCCCGACGCCGGCUCGCAGCCCGACCACGCCGUCGACGCCGAGCCUCAGCAGCAGCAGGUGGUGGCGGUGGUGGAGCAGCCGCAGGAGGAGGUGACGUGCUCGCUCUGCGACCAGGUGUUCGUCUACCCGAUCAACACGGCGUGCCCGAUGUGCGGCGAGGCCUACGGCGCGCCGGCGGACGACGCAGCCGCGAGCGGCCAGGCCCAGUCCCUGAACGAGGAGGGUCCGCGGCAGGUGGAGUGCUCGCUGUGCGAUCACCCCUACGAGUACCCCACGCUGCGGGAGUGCCCCAUGUGCGGCGAGGCCUACGGCGCACCCGCCGACGAGCCGUCGACCACUUCCAACGCUGCCGCCGCCGCAGCGCCCGGUUCGAUCACGGCCAUGUUGAUGCAGCUGCAGCAGAGCGUGCAGGCCCAGCAGGACGAGCAGCAGCAGGCCGACAAUGCGCGCCUGGAGCAGCUGCGGCUUGAGGAGGAGCACGACAAGCGCCCGAAGAGCAUCGAGGAGGAGUCCAAGCGGAUGGUGAUGUGCGGCCACUGCGGCCACACCUACGAGUACCCGACCUACAACUUCUGCGACAACUGCGGCCACCCGUCGUCCAACGCUUCGCUCCGGCUGUCGCAGAUCAAGCGUCAGACCUGGGCGCAGGGCGGCCGACAGUCGAUGCAGAUCGGCGCGGGCGCGAUCGAGCAGAUGCUGGCCGCGGCGGCGGCCAAUGGCGGGAGCGGGGGUGGUGGCGACGGCCAGGAGCUGCCGGGGAUGAUCAACUUCUGUCCCGACUGCGGCACGUCGACCGACGGCGGCAGCCAGCGCUUCUGCGGCAUGUGCGGCAAGUCGUUCCGGGGCGACGAGCCGGCCCUGCCUGAGUUGGACGUACCCACCAGCCCCACGUCGGGCCGUCACGAGACCGGCGAGCGAGACAAGCUCAAGAAGAAAAACAAGAGCUGGGGCAAGAAGACAUCGUACCGGACGUACUUCACGGAGGUGAGCUCGUCGCCGAUAACGUCGCGCGUCAAGAAAUUCUCCAAGCGCGGUCGGGACGACAAGAGCUCCCGCACGAUCGAGGUCAAGAGCGAUUGGCAGCACAUGGUCGCCGCCUCGCUGCCCUCGACGCCGGACGCCAUCUCCGCCUACAAGCAAAUGAUGAUCGCCAAGUACGAGGCCCAGCAGAAGGAGAACGUCUUCAUUCGCAGCACCUCGCGCCGCGGUUCGGCCGAGUUUCGUAGCCUGGACGCCGCCGCGAUGGGCGCCUACCGACAGGACGCGAGCGAGGAUGGUUCCCUGUCGCCGCGGGGAGGGUACCAGCAGGCGCCGCUGUCGCCGCGGUCGCCGCGGGUGGGCGGAGGCUCCCCGUACGCGCACACGUCGACCUCCUUCCGAGCCCACGCCUCGUCGCCCAACCUGAUCUCUUCCCCGUCCGCCUCCUACCGCAUUGCGGUGGGCCACCAGGAGAUCGACCAGCAGAUCGGAGCGGUGUUGGCCGAGCUCAACCUGGCGAAGUACGGGACGGCGUUCGCCCAGGAGGAGGUGACCUACGACGCCUUCCUCCUGCUCGAGGCCGAUGACCUCACGCAGAUGGGCAUCCCCAUCGGCCCGCGCAAGCUCAUCCUCGCCAAAAUCCUCGAGCUCAAGCAGUAG